CUACCUCUUGUUGUUGCAGGUUCUAAGCUUAUGGUACACGGCCCUGACUGAACAUACUGGUGGUGCAUACAGACUUAUUACUGUGGCUAGGUGUGUGCGUGCUGACCUCAUGGUGUAACAGGAGUAAAGAUGAGCAUUAGCAGUGAUGAGGUCAACUUCCUGGUCUACAGAUACCUACAGGAGUCAGGGUUCUCCCACUCAGCGUUCACAUUUGGUAUAGAGAGUCACAUCAGCCAGUCCAACAUCAAUGGUGCUCUGGUUCCCCCUGCUGCCCUCAUCAGCAUCAUCCAGAAGGGCCUGCAGUACGUCGAGGCUGAAGUCAGCAUCAAUGAGGACGGCACGUUAUUCGAUGGGCGGCCCAUUGAGUCUCUGUCCCUGAUCGAUGCGGUGAUGCCGGACGUCGUUCAGACGAGGCAGCAGGCCUACCGCGACAAAAUGGCCCAGCAGCAGGCAGCCGCUUCAGCACCGGCAGCGGCCACUGGAGGCAGCAUCGCCGGCAACGCCAAGAAUGGAGAGAAUACUGCCAACGGGGAGGAGAACGGAGCCCAUGCCUUAGCUAACAACCACGCAGACCUGAUGGAGGUAGACGGAGACGUGGAGAUCCCUCAGAACAAGGCGAUGGUCCUGAGGGGCCACGAGUCAGAAGUCUUCAUCUGUGCCUGGAACCCAGUCAGCGAUCUGCUGGCAUCAGGGUCCGGUGAUUCGACGGCUCGUAUCUGGAACCUGAGUGAGAACAGUACGAGCAGCUCCACGCAGCUGGUCCUGAGGCACUGCAUACGAGAGGGAGGGCAGGAUGUCCCCAGCAACAAAGAUGUCACCUCGCUAGACUGGAAUAGCGAGGGCACGCUGUUAGCAACAGGCUCCUACGAUGGUUUUGCCAGAAUAUGGACGAAGGACGGAAACCUGGCCAGUACACUUGGCCAACACAAAGGUCCCAUAUUUGCCCUUAAGUGGAAUAAAAAAGGCAAUUUUAUCCUCAGUGCAGGAGUAGACAAGACAACAAUCAUAUGGGAUGCCCAUACAGGAGAAGCCAAACAACAGUUUCCCUUCCAUUCAGCUCCAGCACUAGACGUAGAUUGGCAGAGCAACAAUACAUUCGCCUCCUGUAGUACAGACAUGUGCAUCCACGUCUGUAAACUGGGACAGGACAGACCCAUUAAAACAUUCCAGGGACACACAAAUGAAGUAAAUGCAAUCAAGUGGGAUCCCACAGGGAACCUGCUAGCCUCCUGCUCAGACGAUAUGACGUUGAAGAUUUGGAGUAUGAAGCAGGACUUGUGUGUCCAUGACCUGCAGGCCCACAGUAAAGAAAUCUACACCAUCAAAUGGAGCCCCACUGGCCCCGGAACCAAUAAUCCCAGCGCGAACCUCAUGCUAGCCAGCGCAUCGUUUGACUCCACAGUUCGCCUUUGGGACGUGGAGAGAGGCAUCUGUAUCCAUACGCUGACUAAACACCAGGAGCCGGUCUACAGCGUGGCUUUCAGCCCCGACGGUCGGCAUCUGGCCAGCGGCUCCUUUGACAAAUGCGUGCACAUCUGGAACACGCAGACGGGCGCUUUAGUCCACAGUUACAGAGGGACGGGGGGAAUCUUUGAGGUUUGCUGGAAUGCAGCAGGGGACAAAGUGGGAGCCAGCGCAUCAGACGGAUCUGUGUGUGUACUAGACCUUCGGAAAUAGUGCUGCUGUUUGUUGGAAGACAUGGACCGACCAUGAAUGUGUACAUAGCCAAAUGACUGUCCCUGCCUGCCCUGCGUACUGCUCACGCUUACGACCAUGGCCCCGCCCACUGACAGACAGGAAGCAGGAAACAGGAACAGGAAGCAAGCACUCGACACAGGAGGUCCAGAGACGGGAAUGAGCAGAUGGACAGACGGACAGAUAAAUGGGCGGAUGGAAGUGCCCCUCUCUAUCUGUGCAGACUCUUCCAGAGAUGCAGAAGGGACGCAGUGGGAAAAAAAGAAAAAACUGAUAGACAAAAAAAAGUUACAGAUCCGUAUAUGUACCAAAAUUUGGAAGCUAUUUUUUCGUUUUUGAUCUUUAAACCAUGCUCAUCGUCAUCAAUAUGAAAAACAAUGAAAAAAGUGUUGAUCUUUGUUACUAGUUGGAUCUCAUUGUGCAGACAUAUCAACUUCUCCACCAUAAAAUAGGAUGGCACUUAGUUUUUUUAAAUUUCAGAUAUCUUGUUUCAAUGUUUAUAUAUUUUUUAUCUUUGGGGGAGGGGGCAGGAGCCGGUCAUGUCCGAGUUUUAUUAAUUGGAGAAGUACAAAGAUACAAAGUCAUUCAGACACGCGCACCAAACAGUUCUCAAAAACCGUGUCGUCAUGAUUUCAAACCUAUGUGGCAAACAUAAAGGCUUCUUAUCAUGCAUUUCAGCAGUGGUUUCCGCAGCAGCGAUCGGUCAUAUGGUUAACCUCAAAAUGCAGUUAUUCAUGUGUUGUGUUCUCCAGAGCACAAACUCUGAACUCCCCUGGUACAUUUACAUGGCCAUGAUGUACAUCUAGAUGCUUUAAAAACAGCUCCUCUGUGCACUAUUUGAUCUAGAUGGUUUUAUCCACAGUUCUCCCCUCUGGACUCUUAGCAGUUACUCAUUGGAUAAAAAAAAAAAAGAAAAUAGUUCCAAUUGGCAAGAAGCCGACCUCCACUUGUUUGAAUGUUCAAGGCUGUUCUGAGUUUUAGGUAAUGCAACGGUAAGUCAGGUCCCAUCUCAGAUUACAUACUGUACUCAGCCCAGAAGCAUUCCAGCAGUUGUUUUUACCUUUACAAAACACAUUUACAUAAAGAACUCUGCAGUGCACUAUGAAUAGUGUCCUCCUUUACAUUGCUUUGAAAGGCUUUAGAGAGUUUACUCAUCAUUUGUAAAACUUCAAACAUUUCAACGUUUUAAACCUCAAGGGCCUCAAAUCAUCAAACACAUCAAACAACUGAAGGGUGGUGGUGAAAGCCACCAGCAGCAAAUCACCCUAUCUAAUGUGUUUUAAUGGUUUUAGUUUUUUGCAGAUUGGACAUUCUCGGAGGCAGGUGCUCUGGAGGCAGAAACAAUCUCAGUGACUUAAACCACAGAGGGCAGAGCCAAAGAAAAAUCCAGAGUAAAAGACGAGCUUGCUAAUAUUACAAACUCUAGAGCUCAGCACUGUUGGUGUAUUUGUGCAAGAAUGGUUUUUCUAUUAUUCAUUAUUUGAAAGCAUUCAGGCAUUAUUCCAACAGCAGAAAGUAACUUUUUUUUUUUUAUUGUUAUGUAUUUGUAGUGGUUUAUUAACAAGUGAAAUACACACGGUUUGUAGUUACGUUUUAAAUAGCUGAAUCAACUUUGUUAGAGGGAUUAUUUACAUGUGGCUGCCGGCAUUGGUGGCUUUGCUGCCCUUUAGAAAGCAGUUUGACACUUCUGUGGGAGGUAUACGAUUACAAGUAGGAGGCUGACAUUAAGAGCUUUGCCCACUUGGCUGAUCAUGAUUAUGUAAUAGUCUGAGCGACAGUCAUGCUGUGUCUGAAAUCAUUCUUUAUUCUAAGUAACAGACUCCAUAGUGACAUUACAUUAAGAUUCUGUCUCGGUGACAGGUGUGAUGUCGCACGACUGUAAUUUAUGUACCUAUCAAACGUGACUCCUUGUGGGAUUGUUAGCAGAAAGAAACUUUUUAUAUUUAAGAAUUUUUAGAGCACUAUAUAGAGCCCACGUUUCCCACUCAGAAUUCAGAUUCUCAAAUAAAAUGUUGGUGAGUACAUAUAGCGAGUGAUUUUGAACACAGCCUCUGUCUGCCUGUAUUAAGCUAGCUGGCUUAGCUAAAACUACGUCUUCAAAAUAGCCAUGUUUGCUAGCUGUAGUGAAGUUGCCUGUUUAUUUUAGGCAAUGUCUUAAUUGCUAUGUCAUGAAUGAAUUGCCUUGUUAUCUUUUAAGUAGUAUUUCAUCUUCAACAUUCAAAUUAGCCAGUUUGCUAACUGUUUGUUCUGUGGCUCUGCUCUGUUGAAGGUUUAAUUCAAACAAUAACUUAAUUAUUGCACAGCUGCUCUGCCUCCGAGAACUACAGACAUUUUAAUCUGAUGUAAUUUUUUUUUCUUACUGUUUAAUUCAACCACCCAAUUUUCUCUGGCAUGGAGGGGGGGAAGGGGGCUUCGGUGUGACUUUUUGGCUGUCUUCUCACCUUCAUCCUUGGUUCUCCACGUCCAAAAUUCUGCUUAGGUUCCUUACUGACGAGAUAUUUUUUGUACUCUUUUAAAGACAAAUUUAAAGUUACAUUUUUGUAAUUUCUUUGUAGAUUUGAAAAAUGUGAAUUGAUGAUUUAUUGGCAGUGUUAAUUUCCAUGUUCCAUAAAUUUGAAAGGUUUUCUUUUGUUACUUUGAUGCUAUUGCAAAUCUUGCAACAAAAAAAAAAAGGUAGACCCUGUCAUGUGAGGCUUAUUGAGCUGAGCUGUCAUUCUGAAGGCACCUUGCCUGGGAAGAGUUUUCCAGGAGUUUUUCAAAUUACCACUAAAUUUUGUCUAUGUUGUAAUAAAGAAAUGUUUUACUUUUUCUUUUGCUUGAAUCUUUUUGGGAACCUUUUUCCCAGAAAAUUACUUUCUCCUGAAACUAUUGGCUUCCACAAAAGACAGUUUAAAAAAAAAGUCUUUAAAUUGAAUAAAAUGGUAAUUUUUCAAUCAAGCCGAGACUCGAGGGAAUUUGUUCCCCUUUUUUCAGCCACAGUUGGGAGACAGACACAGAUGUUUUGUGGAGAAACGUCCUCUGGAAGCAGAUAGAAUUGCAUUGGUUGAAUAUGGCGUGUCUAAAUUGUUUGAGAUUCAGAUUUUGAGCACAGAAAAAUUAGUUUUUAGAUAUCAAUUUUCUUUUUACAGCGAAAACCUUUUAUCACCCAAAGAGUUUGAUUUGAAUAGCCAAAAAUCUGUUGUCUCUCAGUACACGUGUUUGUGUGGUUGCUCUUAAUCACAUUCUUUCAAAUUCCCUGCUGAGUUGACGGCAUGUCUGCGCUGUGCAUCUUCAGGUUUGCCUGUGUGCUCGUUCAGCCUGACUGGAUAACUGAAGUACGUCAUUUGUAAUUGGCUGUUUUGUCUUCAGUCCGAUCAUUAGUUGGCCAGUCCCUAAGGGAGUAGGGAAGCACUCAUUAAAAUAUAAUUUAUGUAUGAAAUAUCUUUUUCUGCGCUAACAACACUCACUAAUUAUUGAGACACAAAUAUAAUUCCAUACUCAGUGGCCAGAGCCAAAGAGCUGUAGUUUGGCUUCACUCAGAGGUUUAAUGAAACCAAACACAUUACAUCUGCCUCCAGAGCACCUCUGCUUCUGUGAAAUGUUUGUACAACUACAAACAAGCUUUAUUUUCUCCUGUGUGCCCUGUAAUAAAAUGGGAGAUUUCUAAUAAUGGACGUGUUCCUAUUUAGAAUCUGUGUACAAUUUCAUUGUUUUUUUCUCCCUGUAUUUAAAGCACUUGAGCCAACAGUUCUGAAAAUACGUCAUACUGGGAAAUUCCUCUGUGUUCAUGCCAUCCUUGGGUCUGUGCCGCACAGUGUGUCUGGUUAAACGUGGCCAAAGUUGGGGAGUCAGCCUUUCUGUGCCGCCACAACAGAGCACCAUGUCAGCCCAGCAGCAUCUCUCCCAGGGGGUCUCCAAGCCUUUGUUUUUGUCUUUCUUUCUGCAACUCGCAUCACAUCGAUCUGUUAUCAUUUAAGUCAGAUCAGUGAAACAAAAGUCCAGAAUAAAAUAUAUUUUGAUAAGA